UGUUGUGUUAUUAAAUUGUCGAAUUUUUAGCUUUUCGUGUUCCGUUGAGAUUUUGGGGUUUGUAUUUUAGUUUAUGGGUGAGAUUAUUACACUACUAGAUUUUUGUGUUCGGUUUAGUAAACUUUAAUUUGGUGAUGAAUAAUUUAGUAAUCAAUCUGCUUUUUUACUCUAUGUUAUGCUUGAAAUUGUUAGGACUUCUGUCUGUUUUUGUUUGAAUUUAUAAGUUGAUCAUUAGAUAGAUGAUAUAUUGAUAGUUUUUUAAAUUAAAUGCAGGAUUUCUACGUGGAUUUAUUCCAGGCAAUAAACAAGUACGGGGAGAUUGAGAGUCUCAACAUUUGUGACAAUUUGGCUGACCACAUGGUGGGCAAUGUUUAUGUGCAAUUUCGAGAGGAAGAACAUGCUGCUAAAGCUGUUAGGAACUUGAGUGGAAGGUUUUAUGCUGGUAUAUUAUCUUAUACUUUUGAUAGAAUUCCUUGCACCAUGUUUUAUGCUGCUAAAUAAUUUUGAGCUUGGUUCUGUAAACUUCAACUUGCAUGGUUUAGG